AUGAAGUGCAGUGCGUGCGGAAAGUUUAUGGCGGCGGUAGAGGGCGUUACGUAUCCUAAAUGCGAUAGAAAAUCACACAGGGCCUGCGUCAAAGUUCCUGAAGGUGUGCAGGUCCAACCUACUUGGUUGUGUCCGGACUGUAAAAUACGGACGCCCCGAAAGUCAGAUCAGAAUACGCCUGUGCGAGGACUUAAUUCCGAGAAUAUUAUCAAGCAAGGCGAAGAGAAACCCCAAAGCCCUGUGGCGCAAGGUUUUAAAGAGUCGGAACUAGCUCUUGAACUACGUAAAUUUAGAGAAGAAUUGCGAGAAACCAGGGAAGAAUUUAGAUCUUUCCGACAGGAGAUGUUUGAUUUGCGUAAUUUCAUAAAAUCGUGUGAAGAACGCCUAGAUACAUUAGAAAACAAAUACAUCCGUCUUGAAGAACAACAAACCCUAAUUAAGUCCAAAAAUGUCUGCGGCAAAAUUCAGGAUCUCGAAACGAUUAUUGCGGACUUAAGAGCAGAUUUAAAUGAUCGAGACCAAGAGCUGCUGUACAAUGAUAUUGAAGUCGCCGGCAUUCCAGAAGAGGGCGCAGAAAAUGUUCUACACAUUGUGACUGGUUACGCCCAGCUUAGUAAGCUGGGCGUAACCCUAGAAGAGCGCGAUAUACAAGGCGAAGAGAAACCCCAAAGCCCUGUGGCGCAAGGUUUUAAAGAGUCGGAACUAGCUCUUGAACUACGUAAAUUUAGAGAAGAAUUGCGAGAAACCAGGGAAGAAUUUAGAUCUUUCCGACAGGAGAUGUUUGAUUUGCGUUAUUCCAUAAAAUCGUGUGAAGAACGCCUAGAUACAUUAGAAAACAAAUACAUCCGUCUUGAAGAACAACAAACCCUAAUUAAGUCCAAAAAUGUCUGCGGCAAAAUUCAGGAUCUCGAAACGAUUAUUGCGGACUUAAGAGCAGAUUUAAAUGAUCGAGACCAAGAGCUGCUGUACAAUGAUAUUGAAGUCGCCAGCAUUCCAGAAGAGGGCGCAGAAAAUGUUCUACACAUUGUGACUGCGUCGCCCGCUUACUAA